GUUGCCAAGGGCAGUUAGUGACGGAGUGACGCCAGCACGGCACCAGGAGAGGUGAGGAGGCGGCUUUCACUCCGGGUCAAGAAGGCUGUGUAUAGAAUGAUGAGGUACCAUCACUGCAAGAUCCGUAUGCCUGAUGAGUAGCUAGGGUAAGGGAUGCCCUUUUCCUUUCAGCCUUCUCCCUCGAAGAGUGGUAGAUCCCUCAUAACCUAAUGCAGUACAUAACUUGAACUUCCGGUCAAGAUUGAUGCAUGUUUCUGAUCCUACGUUUAGGCAGGGAUGCUGAUUGUGCUUACUGCAGCCUGAAUUGAAAAGUGAUCAGAGAUGGGAUCAAAACAAAAGAAAGGUUUCCGAGAAUCAAUUGAUGACGUGCUGGAUGACCUUCUUGGAGAAGAUGAUGGAUCUCCCAAUAAACCAACCUUACCGACUACACGUUCAGGAAGCAACCUCAAAACAUCAGGCACCACACCAUCCAGAAGAAGCAAAAAGUCAUUGCUGGAUGAAGACUUUUUCAGUAAAUUGGCGCAGGAUGUUGACAAGGAUAAUGAGAUUAGUGAGUCAGAGAUUUCAGACGCUGAUCCUCAAGCUUUGUUAGAAACUAUGAAGGAUAUCGAUGAUAUGGACGCCGACCUCUUUGGAAAAAGGAAGAAGCUGCAUUCUGUUACGAGUCAACCUACUGGAAAGAUUGCUGGGACAGAAAGCUCCACAUUAGAAUCCUCCAGAACCACACAAAAACCAGCAGCAGCAAAGGAUGUGGCUGGUGAAGAUGAGAACUGUCACUCUGCCCCUCCAACCUCAAGGUGCCAAUACAAGAAGUUCGCAUUUGAUGAUAUAGAUGAUCCAUUGGCAGGAAUUCUAUCUGAUGAAGAAAAGGAAUCAAAGAAAGCAGUGGUGCCUGGACAGAAACCGAAGCUUUCAAGUGUUGAUCUGCAGACGUGCAAAAAAGAGGAGAAAGGCAUGGCCACUACAAAGAAGAAGGAUGAAUUGUUCUUUGAUGAUGAAGGAGAUGACCUUAUGGAUGCACUUGGGUUUGGCGACCGUCUGAAAACAUCAAAGGAAGGGAAGAAGGUGGAGGAAGAGAUACUGCGCCCUGCUCGCUCAAAGAUGGAUGAAUUACUGGGGAGAGGGACAGCUAAGAAGGUCCUCGAGCGCCCUACAACUGGUGAAAGAAAAGAAUUUAAACUAGAUCCAAAAUACAAAAAGACACAAGAAAAGGAAGACUUUUUGGAUGAUUUCACCUUUGGUUCCUACCAGCCCACUGUGGUCACAAUUCCAGAGGAUCGCCAGUCCAGACGCCAGUCAGUAAGAUUUAGCCCAGAGGGUGAUAGAAACUCCACUAUUGAUCAGAAACACACAGAGGCUACCCCGACACCGAUAACCCCAACUUUGGCACGUGGAACUAAGAAUGCUGCUGACUGGCUGGGGCUGAAAGAUGAUAUAAUACCUGAUCAAGAUAAUCAAAUACGAACCAAAGAUGAGCAGAAAGAGACCAUAUUCUGCAAAACGAAGUCUGAUUCAAAUCUUCCAGCCAGCCACAACCAGAGCAGGAGGCCUUACUCAGCAGACCACCCCUCGUCUACAUCAAAAGCGAUUGACAAGGCACUGGUCAGAUCUGCACCAUCCACAUCAAAAGCGGACUUGUCCGGUAUAGUAGAAGGUGAUUGGCUGAAGGAGGCACUGACUCGAAAGAAGUCUGAAGCUGCAGAAUCCCAUCCCCACGCGUUGGCUGAUGGAGUAGAUGCAGUGACAAGCUUACGCAAAAAGAAUGGAUCACCUGAUACAUGUGGGCAGCAUGCAGUCACCACGGUAAAGGAACCUGCUGCUGAGAAAAAUCCCGUGGAAUCUAGGGACACCGGCUCCCCAUUUCCAUGGGCGAACGCAAGCAAGCAGGCCCCUCCUCCACUUGUGACCCACACUUGGAAGGACUCUAACACUAUAGCUGCAAAGAUGGUUGCACCUCCACAAGUACAGGAUGAUCGACUGUCUGCUUUAGAGGUGUCUCUCUCCACUGAUCAGCUGCAGAAGUUACUUCAGUUCCAGCUGCUUCAGUCAGUAUCUGGGGGGCGAGAUUUGGCCAUGGAUCUGCCGAAUGCCGUGGAGCUAGAGAACAGGCUAACAGCUGUGCAGAAACGGCUAAAGAGCACAGAGGCUGAACAACAGACAGUCCUUCAGACUACCGAGGUCAAAAUCAUCGAGCUGGAGAGUAAGGUGCGAAAGCUGGAACUGGAGCGAGAGCAGCAAAGAAUCCUACUGGACAGCCUUCAGCAGCAACACAACAAUGAUCUUGAGCUAAUAGAAAAUGCACACAGGAACCGCUUGAAGGUAAUCGAGGAAUCGUACCAGCAGCGGGAGGCUCGACUCCAAGAAGAGAACCGGGAUCUCUCGGAGCAGCAUGUGGCCCGACAACAGAGCUUAGAUCAAGAGAGAUCAGAGCUGAUUGCACGAUACCAGCGCAAGCUCACAGAUUUUGAGGAAGAGAAAGCCAAGGAAAAGGAGCGACUCAGAGAACUACAACGGCAGUCAAUCCUGGAUAUGCGAAAAGAACACGAAGAGCAGCUGCAGCAUGUGAAACAACUGAAGGAGCAGGAGAUUGAUGCAGCGACCAGUGCAUCCUCACAUACAAGGUCACUCAAUAAUAUCAUUGAACAGAUGGGGGCCUUCUCUGCAAAGUUGAACGAUCUAUCCUAUAAGGUGGAAAGCACUCAUCAAAGCACGUCCCAUGAGUUGGAGAUCAAUGCAAGGCAACGAGAUGAGCAGCAGCGAGCACAGCAGGACAGACUGAUGCGUCAGCAGAGAGACCUGGAGGAGGAGAGAGCACGCCUGCAGGAUGUUAUAACCAAGAUGGAAAUCAGGCUGAAUGAACAGACUCGACUUCUUGAGAAGGAACGCUGGAGGGCAACCGCGGAACAAACCAAAGUGGAGUCAAUGCAGCGAUCCCUCGAGGAGGAGCGCAGAAUCAUGAACCAGCACUUCAGCAUUGAGAGGGAGGAGCUGGAGAGGGCAAAGAGUGCUUUGUUGGAAGAGCAACAGUCGGUGAUGCAGCGUUGUGCGGAAGAACGUCGGAGACUGGCGAUUGAGUGGGCGGAAUUUCACACACAACAGAAACUGAACAAUGAGCGGAUAGAACGAGGUGCCAACCGUUCCCUCCAACUCAAUGCACAGCAGGAAGGAACAGUCUUCAGCUUGGCAAAAGAACAAGCGGAACUGAAGGUGAAAGCCGCUGAACUGAAAUCCAAAGAGGAACAGUUAGCUCAAGAGCAAGAGAGCCUAAAUCAAAAGCAUCAUGAACUGCAAUUGGAAAAGGAGAGAGUUAAUGCCAUGGCAAUCCGCAUCAAGCAGAGGGCUGAAGAAGUUGAGGGCAUGAGUAAGCUUGCCUCUCAGAAAUAUGAGGAAGGUGAACAAAAAUUCAUGGAGGCUAAACGGGUGGAGUCUGAGCACCAGACACGACUGCACGCUAUCCAAAAAAAAAUGGAGAGACUGCAGCAGCAAGAGCAGCAGCUACACCAGGAACGUCUGAGUCUAGCCCAGCAACGACAUCAUCUGAACAAAUUUGCAGUGGAAAUGCCCAUCAACACAGUAACACCACAUAUCAGGAAUCAACCAGUAUCCUUUGCAACUCAUUCAUAUUUUCCUCCUGUGCUUAGUAAUGCUCGGCGUGGACUACCUAGGAAUCCUAGGUUGGAUAGCAAUAUUGAGACAACUAUGCCUUCAGAAUUGGAAGCCAAACUUGCAAUUUUCAGACAUGCUGCUAAAAAGGACCGUGACUUUCUUGAAGAUGAGCAGUUCUUCCUGGAAACACUGAAGAAAGCUCCGUAUAAUGCAACUUCCCAAACAGUAUAAAACCACAAGUGACAGCUUCGUUGAGGAAUUUUAAAAUUUCUAUAUAAAUACCUUUGUGUGAGAUUGAUAAAAGUAGCGAUUGUAUUUUUUAAAAAAAAAGCUAUAUAUAUAUAUAUUACUUUUACAUUUAUAAUAACUUUUGUAAGAAGCACAGACAGCUACAUAAGUAAAUAAUUUUAUAAAUGAA